AGUCCAACAGAAUCUCAGCCGCGGCAGGGUAGAGGGUACAGGCCCAAUCGACCAACCUGAUACAUCAAAUUCUGAAGUAAAAGAAAGAAGAAAAUCUUUCUCAGAAAAUGGUUGUCAGGCUUCGUUUGUCGAGGUUUGGAUGCAAAAACAAGCCAUUUUAUCGAGUCAUGGCUGCUGACAGCAGAUCUCCAAGAGAUGGGAAGCAUUUGGAAGUCUUGGGUUACUACAAUCCAUUACCAGGUCAGGAUGGGGGCAAACGAAUGGGCCUGAAUUUCGACAGAAUUAAAUACUGGUUAUCCGUUGGAGCCCAGCCUUCAGAACCUGUUCAGCACCUUCUUUUCAGAUCAGGGCUUCUUCCUCCACCACCAAUGCUUGCAAUGGGACACAAGGGUGGACCACGAGACACCCGUCCUAUUGAUCCUUUAACUGGCCGUAUCAUCGCCCCAAAGAGUGUUUCCACUGCUGAUGAAUCGGGAGGCAGUGAAGUUGUAGAAAAAGAAGCAGAAGAUGCCACAUCAAACCCAUGAAGGCCUCCUUUCAUUUUUUUGUGUGUAUGUGUGUUCUUGGGGCUUUAGCAGCCUUGGUUCCUUCUCAGACUGCAGACAGGGUAAUCUGAUUUUGUCUUUAUUGAGAACUGUGGAGAGCUGAAGGAAAUCUUAGAUCUUUAAAAGAUGAAACUUUUCAUGAGGUCAUGUAAUGGUCUUGCCGCUUUGCAGUUUAGCUAGAGAAUUUGAUACUUUGCUCCAUAUGUGGGGAGAUUAAGGUGAUUUACAUAUGAUAUCUUUGAUUGUAAAAAUCUCCUUUAGGUGUGAA